AGACACGAAGGUAGUCGUCAUUGACGCAUUAGCAUUCGCGUUUGUCACUGGGAAGUUUGACUGUGCGCAGUAACUCGCAAAAUCGUGAGUUGGUGAGAUGGGUAAAAUAACACAGAAGAUCGUCGACAGAAAAGAAGCGCCGAAACCGAGCCGAAAGCGACGGAAAAAGGAGCUCGACAAAAUACAUUCAAAGAUCUUGAAAGCCAAGAAGACAUUGGAUAAUGUGGAAAAGGGAAGCUUUAAAGAUAGACAAAGAAAGCAAGGCCGUGCAAGAAUUUGCAACAGACUUCUACCAAAACUUGAUGCUGGCAUAUAUAGAAAUGGUACAAAGAGUAAAAAUAUUCGGAAAGCAGAGACAUCAGAAAAUAUAUUUGAUAAAGCCCGGCUAAAUGCUGAUGCGUUAAAACUUUUUAAUGGUGAUACUCCAGAAUCAAAAUGUAUAAUAGAAAUAUCAUCAGAUGAUGAAACUAAAAAAUCUCCCAAUAAAGGCUUUGUAAAACAUAGUUUAGAAUGGACACCGGGUACUCUGGAGCAAAGUCCAGAUUUAACAAAGGGACAGUGCCAAAAUAAGAAUGUGUGCAUUAAAAAGAAAGGAAAGGAUAAUGGCUUUCAAAAGGUAGAUCCAAAUAAAAUUAUAAAACAAAAAAUUAACGAUGAAUUGAAAUAUGCCGUUCAAAAAGAAGAUAUAUGCAAGCGGAGAUUGUUCCAAAAUGAUAAGGAACAGUUAACGAACAAAGUGGAAGCUAUUACCACUCAAUCACAAAUGUAUGAUAACACCGACCAAACAAAAGACAAUAGAGAGAAUGAAAAAAAAAUAGAACAGAGUUGUUCAAAAGAUAGCGAAAGUAAAUCUUGGGAUCCAUUAAUUCGCUAUACAGAAUUUUGUAAAAUAACUUCUGCUGAAAAUUUUGAAUCCAACUUUCUACAGAAUUAUCAACCAGAUCCUGUUACAACAACAUUACAAAAAUUGAGACAUGCUUAUACUGAUACUUUUCGUCUACAACUUUUGCGUGAAAAAAAUAAUCAAGAAUUAAACGUGGAAUCGCCUGCAGUGUCUGAGGAGUAUCAAGCGUGCACAAACUCUAAUGUUUCACAAUUUUCACCUGUCGAAUUUGAAGUUCCUAAAUGUAUCGAAAACCAUACAAUUGCAACUCGUCUACAAGAUGUAUCUCAGAAGAAUAACAAAUCUCAUUUCAUACAAAAUGCGGAAUUUCAAAAAAGCAGUGGCAUAACACCUUGCAGCUCUAUAUCUUGCUCAACACAGCAAAAUACUUCUACAACAUAUGACACAAAUAGCUUUAUUGUGGAAAAUCAGGAGAACAACGAUCAAUAUGCGAAACAAUCAUCAGGUAUUAAUCAGCUUCCGAGACCAGCAAGUUUUUGUUUCGUGAACGAAAAAAAUCCAAUCCACUUAGGUUCUCAGAGGGUAUCUAAACAUAUUAGUCAUCCUUCGAAAAGUAAUUGGAAUAAGGAUAAUUUUCAUAUCGAUAUUUCUGAUCAUAGGAAUGCACAAUGCAUUGAUAACGCAAAAUAUGUGAAAAAUUUGAUUUUUACAAGCGAUUCUGUGUUACCGGCAAAGGGACAUUUAUCAAAAGAUUAUUUCCAUGAAAAGCUAUCGACUGAUAACUAUCCAUCAAAGGACACACUUUCAAAAUGUGACGAUAAGGCAAACGUGAAAAAUGUUAAGCGAGUACCUACCAUUCUCCGUCGAUGUAACGUUAUCAUUAACAAAAACAAUCAUUCUGUUCAAAUAAACGAUGAUUGUCCAGAAGACUUGUAUAAGAGGUCUACAAUGAACUUAUUUAACAAAACUCCAGAUCAGAAUAUUAACAACGAGUUUUAUGAAACAGAGUUUCCAAAUAUGUUCAAAAAUCUUGCUACACCUAGCACAGUAAGCGCACGUAAUCGAUCAAAAUUGUCGGAGUUUCAGAGUGGACCGAUGGAAAUAAAGGAUACGCGAGAGUCUCAGGUCGAUGAGUUUGAUAUAAAUAUAUGUUCCGACGAAUUGAGCAGAAGAAGAAAUAAAUUUUCUCGAUUUGACGAGUCUUCGCACUCGCAAACUUCUGAAACUUCAUACGAUACAAAUGCAUAUUCCGAGAAAUCAAGUCAGCAAGAACAAAUUGCGUCAAACACGAGGAAACAUCUUCAUUCAAAUUAUUGUCCGAUUAAUUACUUACAACGCGCAAAUUUUCUGAAUAUCGAUGUAGAGUCGACGAAACGGAUGCAACAGACUACUCGACAGGCUAAGUUGCAUACACGUGAAACGAGCGAUACCGGUGAACGCGAUCAGAAUCAAAAUAUUCUUUUUAACGAUGUUAACAACAGGAUGAUACCGACUGCAACGUUAAGCUUCUCUCAGAACGUUCAAACUGACAAAAAAUCUAGAGAACCCACAUGUGAAGAAACAUUUCACGCAAAUUGUAAGAAGAACCAAACUAAUACAUGUCGUUGCAACGAACAAUAUCUUUAUUUCGAUUCCACCCAUUGUUCACGUAAAUAUAAUAAUAUGUCACAAGCGCAGCAUUUUUGUGAAGAUACCGUGCAGCCCAAAGCUUCAUACAAUAUAAAAAGCUAUAACAACGACACUAAUGAUUGCAUUAAUCAGUCUAAUGGUAUGCGAAGCAUACCAUUGUUACCAGUGGAGCAAAAGCACAAGCCAUGUAUGUACUUAAAAGUGACCGACGAUCAGCCUCGUGCUAUGUUAUUGCAAAAUGUCACUCAACCUGUAAAAUAUUUGGCCGUGAAAAACGAAUCAGGUAUCCAACGAAUACCUGUAUACAUAAACGACAGAAAUAUUAAAGUUGCAGAAAAUGUCCCGCUAAAAGUAGUAGCUUUAAUGGAUUCGAAUACUCAACCAAAAGCGUUUCCACGAGAAGUUGUGCCGCAAGCAGUACCGCUACAAACAAAUGAUCUGCAAUUUGACGAUUUUGCGACACAUAAGACAAACAAUCAAUUUGUCGUAAAACACUUAAAUCCUAUGAAUACGAUACUGCUUAAUCCAGAUUCACAAUCCAGCAUUUGGUACGCUUCAAGUUUGUAACAACAGACGGAUAUACGAUAUAUAAAUAUAGAUCAUAGAAUGAAGAUUGUAUGAUCGUAUCGCGCAACGAUAUAGCAUAUCGAUAUCAUAUUUCUUGGGAGAAAUAUUGUCAUUGCGAUAAAAAAGGUAUUACAACAACGAAAUACGUUUGUUAAGAUGAAAGCAUUCCUGAGAGGGAGAGCGAACUUAUAAGUUAAGUAUACUUACAUAUACAUAAGUUUACUUACGUUACAGUCAUUUUGUAGAAACGCAUAGAGAAACCCCGAAAAGAGGAGUAAUAUAUUUUUGUAAAUGGGGCAUUUUUGUGUGUUGAUGUAUUUGACAUAUAUAUGUUUUUCCUUAUUUAUCUUUCUACAAAUAUAAGACACAACGCAGCACCAGAUAUUUUCUUAGCGAAUAAUAAAUAUUUGAUUUGGUAUGGAAAAUGAAAGUACAAAACUGCCUGUGAUAGUUGGAAUAUAUAUGUAUUAUUAUGUUACCGUUAAGUCAUAAUUCUUGGACAUCAAAUGUUUAACAUAGGAGAAAUUCAUUUUCAUCAAUUUCACAGCAAUAUCGAUACAUAUAUUUGUGAAUUUCUGAAUAUGUGUGAUAAAGGCUCGUAAAUAAACGUCGCAGAACGCAAGGCAUACAACAGCAAA